UGUGUGUGUGUGUUUGUUUGUUCUGGUGAUUGAUUGAUUUGAUUUGAUUUUUUUGUUCUUCGAAUUAUCUCAACAGAUCUCAUCAUUUUUGUCCAUAGCAUCACCAAAAAAAAAUAUCGUCGUCAUUGUUUUUGAAAACUAAACUAAAAAUGGCCAUCAAUAUUAAUGAUUAUAUGCCAUCAUUGGAAUCAAUAUUCAAGAUAUUAAAAUGGAUAUUACUUGUAUCGAAUGGUCUUGUUAUAAUUGGUUCAAUAUUUGUAUUGAUUAGUGGCCGUGAUCUUGGUGAACCAGAAUUUCGUAAUAAUCAUCGUGUAUUAAUAUUUGCUUGUAUUAUGGUCAUAUUAUUCUGUAUGUUGGGCGUUAUUGGUGUUUGGCGUAAACAUUUUCCAUUGGUAUUGACAUAUGCAAUAUUGAUGACAAUUGCAUUAAUGUUGGAAAUAGCUGAAUUAUCUAAAGAGGAUGUUGGAUCAUUUUUUGCAUCAUCAGCCAUAGUUUUAUGUGCAUAUGUUUAUGCUUUUCUUAUUCGUCAUUAUGAAAAACAGGAAGAAAUGAAACGAGUUUUCUCUCAUCAAACGGCUAAAAUCUAGUAAAUUGAUUUUAAAAAAAAAAUGAAAAUGAAAAUGAAAGAAGGAAGCAAAAACGAAAAAAAAAGGAAAUGAAACCAA